AUGGCUCUCGCCCAAGCAGCAAACGUAGUCGAGAAGAUUGUUGGGCACGACAACAGUGCCAUCACCCAACAAGAUGUAUCCUCAUUUCCUUCCGGGGGUGAAGAUGAUACGAUGAAGGCCCUGGUGUGGAUGGGCAAGAACCAAGUAAAAAUUGUCGACACCCCCAAGCCCAAGCUCGUCGAGGACCGCGACGUCAUCCUCAAAGUAACGGGCAGCACUGUGUGCGGCUCCGACCUGCACCUCCUGCACGGCGCCAUUAUCGAGAUGCAGAAAGGCGACAUUCUCGGUCACGAAUUCUGCGGCGAGGCCGCCGUCGUGGGCCGCGCCGUCCACAACGUCCAGGUCGGCAAGCGCUACGUCGCGUCCUUUCAGAUCGCCUGCGGCGACUGCUGGUACUGCGAGCGCAAGCUGUCGUCGCAAUGCGCCAAGACUAACGCCAACACGCUGGAGAAGACAAUGUAUGGCGGCCAGACGGCGGCCAUGUUUGGCUACGCGCACUUUACGGGCGGGUUCGCGGGGGGGCAGGCUGAGUACGUGCGCGUGCCGAUGGGGGAUGUCAACUUGCUCGAGAUUCCUGAGCACGUUCCUGAUGAAAAAGACGUACUGGCCACCUCGUACCAUUGCGUCGUCGACACGGGCGUCGAAAAAGAUGACAGCGUCGCCAUCUUUGGCGCCGGACCCAUUGGUCAAAUGGCCGGCGUCUUCGCCCUCGAGCAGGGCGCCAAAAAGAUCAUCUUUGUCGACACGGAGCCGCGUCUGUCCAUUAUCAAAUCCAGGUUCCCCACGGACAAGCUCGAACUCGUCGACUACAAGAAGCUGUCCAACGGGCUGACCAGCAAGAACACCGUCGUCACCCGGCUCAAGGAACUCUGCGACGGCCGCGGGCCCGACGUGGCGCUCGAGUGCGCGGCGGGCGAGUACGCCAAGAGCUGGCUGCACUGGCUGGAGAUGACGACGGGCCUGGAGACGGACACGAGCGAGCUCAUCAACGAGAUGAUUGAGAGCGUGCGGUCGUUUGGUCGCUGCGGCGUGACCGGUAUUUACACUGGAUUUACGAACCACUUCAACAUUGGAUCGCUCAUGCAGCGCGGCAUCCGCCUCAUCGGCAACGGCCAAGCACCCGUCCACCUGUACUGGAAGGACCUGCUCCAGGCCAUUGAAAAGGGUACGCUGGAUCCCAUGCAGAUGGUGUCGCACCGCGUGCGCCUGGAGGAUCUCGACAAGGUCUACUAUGCGUUUGACAAGAAGCAGGACGGCAUGCAAAAGGUGUUUGUCGAGACCAAGUUUUCGUAUCCUGCGAGCAAGGACAGUCCGGCCCUGACGAGGUUCUGA